AGCCGGGUGAACGUUACUGGGCGGUAGGUCUCAUAGACGUCAGGAUUACGCCAAAAUGAGUGCUCGUAAGAGGAAGCAGGAGGAAGAGGACGAGGAGCUCGUUGCGCUCCCAAGUGAUGAAAGCGAGGAAGAAGAGGAGUACGUGUCUGACGGAGAGGAGGAAGAGGACGAUGAUGAUGACGACGCGGAAGAGGAGGACGAAGAGUACGACGAAGAAGGCGAGCCAGAAGUGAAGAACGGAGUACAGCCCGACGCUCCCCCAAAGAAGAAGCAGAAGACGGCAAGCGCCCCUGCUGUCGACGAUGGCGAAGAGGAAGAGGAGUUGGACGACGAAGAAGUUGAAGCAGCGAUCGGCGAGGAGGAUGAGGAAGAAGAUGGUGAUCAGGAAGAGGAAGAAGACGAUGAUGCCGAUGAGCCAAGCUCGAAGGCCAAAGUCGGUGUUGACGUCCCCGCCAGCGGUAAGACUUCUGUCGCAGCAGCCGCUACCGGCGGCGAUGAUGAGGAAGACUGAUGUGAUCAUCUGACACGUUAUCGUCCUCUGUUAUGCCUCGGUUGUCACUAUGACCACCAUCUCCAUCUCUUCCCAUAUGACUCCUUAUUGUUGGUUCUCAUUCCCAUCUAGUUGGUAGAUCAUUUGUCUUUCUACGGAUCAUGUUGUGCUAGGAUCAGCGGAAUAGAUGAAUAUCUUCGAAAACCACGUAGCUCCAGCGACCAGCGAACUUUUUGCAGGUGUUGUAUACCGUCUAAUCACUAGACCCCUGUACAUCUAAUACAUAGACAACACGAGGUAACUCAAUCGUGCAAUUGAGUGACAUGUAAAGCACCUUCGAAACGGCGUAUUAUAACAAGCC